AUGUCUCAGCUGGAAACUGCGAUGGGAAUGACCAUUGCUGUCUUUGACAAGUAUGCAAAGGCUGAUGGCAACAGGCAAACCCUCACCAAAGCAGAACUGAAGACCCUUCUGGAAAAAGAGUUCCCAAAUUUCCUCUCGGCAGGGAAGGACAGGGAUGCCAUUGAUAAAAUCUUCAAGAGCCUGGAUGAAAAUGGCGAUUCUGAAGUGGACUUCAAAGAAUUUAUCAUCUUUCUUGCAGCUCUGACUUGCUUAUGUCACAAAUAUUUUGAGCAGAAUGCAGCCAAAUAA